AUGAGUCAAGGAUCUUCUAGCCCGCGCGAGCAGCAUAAAUCUCCAGGUAGUCUCACCUGCAACAAGGGGAGGAUACGCGCCUUGAUCCAGACAAGUGACGGAGAGAGACACUAUUUCACCGGCACCGUGAGCACUGAUCUACGUCUCAUAGUCAACGGUGCUCAUGUGCAGUACUUCGAUCUCGCCGAAGAUAAGCCAUACUGCCAAGAGCUCAAGGCAUUGAUUGGUCCCCUUCACGCUAACUUCUGGUGGCAAGGAGGAGCUAUACACCUGUCUGGAAAAUUGUUGCACCGCAUUGAUGAUACAAUCGAAAUAACCGGAGAAGGGUGGUGGGGCGAUAUCGACAACAAGGAGUAUGAGGAGAAUGGCGAGGAGCGUUACAGUGAUGAGAGCGACGAUCCGAGAGCAUGA